UUGGUUCUACCUGCGUUAACGCGUGUUACCCUCUUAGGAAAAUCGCUGCGCGAGUGCCAGAAAAUAUACAUUCGCCUAAAAGAUCAGUUGUUCGACGGUCGCAAGCGACCGUACGAUUCGGAGACACUGACAAAAUUCAUCAAAGACGAGAUUGGCGCUGAAACCACUCUCGCUGACAUAACGGGCAAGAGGUUUAUAAUAACAACUGUUAUGGCAGACAAACAUCCGAUUCGUCUUCACUUGUUUCGCAACUACACGCUUCCGGUGGACACAGAAGUUGCAGCUAAUCUUCGAUUCGAUGAUCCGAAAGGUGAGAUUCGUUUCUGGUUGCAGUUGUUUAAGAGUAGUAAUUUACGAACUCUCUUGAGCAACGAAUUGACCAUACAUUGCAGCUGACU